CUCGGCGAUUGGCGGGAGCCGGGGCCUCCGGGAGGCCGGCGCCCACACCAUGGGCUGAGCCCGUCGGCGCGCAGGGACUCAGUGCCGCCCGGCUCGGCGGCGGCCCCAGUCAGGCACGCGCGCCGGCACACGCGGGCGCGGACACGCGCGGACACCCACGUGCGCAGCGCGCCCUCCCCCGACGGCGGCGCUCGCCUCUCGGUUGUUCCAAGAUCUUUGAAGGUCCAAGAAGAAGCCGUGUUGACCAAAAGCAAGACAAAUGACUCAUAGAGGAAAAGGAUGGGGGAGCCGAGGGCGAUUCAAGCUGCCUCGGAUGCUGAGUGAAUGGUAGCCGCACUGGCCUCCUGAAGGUCAUGAUUCAGACUGUCCCAGACCCAGCAGCUCAUAUCAAGGAAGCGUUAUCAGUCGUCAGCGAGGACCAGUCAUUGUUUGAGUGCGCCUACGGCGCGCCGCACCUGCCCAAGACGGACAUGACCGCAUCCUCCUCCGGCGACUAUGGACAGACCUCCAAGAUGAGCCCACGCGUCCCUCAGCAGGACUGGCUGUCUCAACCCCCAGCCAGGGUCACCAUCAAGAUGGAAUGUAACCCAAACCAGGUGAACGGCUCAAGGAACUCCCCUGAUGAGUGCAGCAUGGCCAAAGGUGGGAAGAUGGUGGGCAGCCCGGACACCGUCGGGAUGAACUACAGCAGCUACAUGGAGGAGAAGCACAUGCCGCCCCCAAACAUGACCACCAACGAGCGCCGCGUCAUCGUCCCCGCAGAUCCCACACUAUGGAGUACAGACCAUGUCCGGCAGUGGCUGGAGUGGGCAGUCAAAGAAUAUGGGCUUCCAGACGUUGACAUCUUAUUAUUCCAGAAUAUCGACGGGAAGGAGCUGUGCAAGAUGACCAAAGAUGACUUCCAGAGGCUCACCCCGAGCUACAACGCUGACAUCCUUCUGUCACACCUGCACUACCUCAGAGAGACACCUCUUCCACAUUUGACUUCAGAUGAUGUUGAUAAAGCCUUACAAAACUCUCCACGGUUAAUGCAUGCUAGAAACACAGGGGGUGCAGCUUUUAUUUUCCCAAAUACUUCAGUAUAUCCCGAAGCUACGCAAAGAAUUACAACUAGGCCAGAUUUACCUUAUGAACCACCCAGGAGAUCCGCCUGGACCAGCCACGGCCACCCCGCCCCUCAGUCGAAAGCUGCUCAGCCAUCUCCUUCCACAGUGCCCAAAACUGAAGACCAGCGUCCUCAGCUAGAUCCUUACCAGAUUCUUGGACCCACAAGUAGCCGCCUUGCAAAUCCAGGGAGCGGGCAGAUCCAGCUGUGGCAGUUCCUGCUGGAGCUUCUGUCUGACAGCUCGAAUUCCAACUGUAUCACCUGGGAGGGCACCAACGGGGAGUUCAAGAUGACCGACCCGGACGAGGUGGCGCGGCGCUGGGGGGAGCGGAAGAGCAAGCCCAACAUGAACUAUGACAAGCUCAGCCGGGCCCUCCGCUACUACUACGACAAGAACAUCAUGACCAAGGUCCACGGGAAGCGCUACGCCUACAAGUUCGACUUCCACGGGAUCGCCCAGGCCCUCCAGCCCCACCCCCCGGAGUCCUCUCUGUAUAAGUACCCCUCGGACCUCCCUUACAUGGGCUCCUAUCACGCCCACCCGCAGAAGAUGAACUUUGUGGCCCCCCACCCCCCAGCCCUCCCCGUGACGUCGUCCAGUUUUUUCGCCGCCCCGAACCCGUACUGGAAUUCACCCACGGGGGGCAUCUACCCCAGCACCAGGCUCCCAGCCAGCCAUAUGCCUUCGCAUCUGGGCACUUACUACUAAAGCCCCCGGGAGAGGCCUUUCCCAGCACCUGUGUAGACACCCAUCCAUUGCUACAAACUCUUAUCCGAGACCACGAAUCAGAAGUGCCUCAAGGGAAACGCGAACGCUCGACUGGGGCAGGGGGAGAGAUCCAGAGACUCUGAGCAGGAGGGACUUACUAAACCAUGACUACAGAGAUCAAGAGGAUGCUACCGGUGUACACGGACAGGUAAUCUGUGGACCAACCUUGUAAAAGACACUGUAAGUAGAAGCGUGACGUCAUAAGGACAAAGUGCCAAAGAAAACAUUCUGAAGACGUGUAUAAACCUUAAUAGAGUAGUCCUUGGGAAUCCUGCUAGUGCAUUAAGCAGGGAUUAAACUCAAGCAAUAGAUACCACACAGUCUGGACCUAACAUGCCAUUUCUAACGUCAUUGGGAGGAGAACUACCUGUAUUUAAAAAGAGAAACAUAUCAAACACAGAAAAGAGAGGAGAGGGAGGCUCCAGUGGCCCAUCGAUAGACACUGUUAACGGAACUCAUCGGCAUCUGCUGUCUUGGGUGAAAUCAGAUUCUUGCCAUUGGAUGUGAAGAACAACCCGAGGCUUCCAACUCCUUGAUGAUAAGACAGGAACUCUGAGCCAGAGGGUGGGACUGAGCAAGUGUGUGGAGAGAGAGCAUGUGGGUGUGGGUGGAGGAGGCGGGAGAGGAAGACACGGGAAGGAGGAGGGAAGGACUGGGAAGGGAGCUCCUCGAGCCGUGCAGACUGGACUCGGGAUGGUGUCGGUUCUGCGGAGAACUGCGUCGUGGAGGCUUGAGGCUUCGUGCGGCCAGUGUUGUACCAAAUCCAGUGUUAGGAGGAAGGAUGCAGCGUGAUGGGGGCAGGGCACGUACAGUAGGAGAACGCGGAAACAAAACCAUGCAUCUCUUUUUUGUUUUGUUUUGUUUGUUUGUUUAUCAAAAGAAAACCCAUAACUGGAAUUGUCUGAUAUUUAAAAAGAAACAUUCAGGACCUCAUCCUUAGGCGGGGGGCUCUGCUCUCCACGGGGUCAGGUAAGCGCUAGCCUUCUUGGCUACCCCAGUCUGAAACCGCCUGGGUGUCGGGGCGAGGCAGCCUCCAGUUUUGCUUUCGAGUCGCGAACGCUGUGCGUUUGUCAGAAUGAAGUAUGCAAGUCAGUGGUUUGUUUUUUUGUUUUUUUUUCUUUUUAUAUAAUAAUUAUAUAACUUAUGCAUUUAUACACUACGAGUUGAUCUCGGCCAGCCAAAGAUACACGACAUAAGAGACAAUCAAUGAUCUAAUGUGGCCUUGAACUUUAACUCUGUAUGCUUAAUGUUUACAAUAUGAAGUUACUAGUUCUUAGAAUGCAGAAUGUAUGUAAUAAAAUAAGCUUGGCCUAGCAUGGCAAAUCAGAUUUA